AUGAGCAAACGAAAAAGACAAGAUUUUGAAAAUCAUCAAUUCAUUAAUUCGGGGGAGGUAUUCACUAACAAUAAUAUUGUGGAAGAGAAAUCAACAAAAGUUGUGAAACUCCAACAACAAGAAAUAUUUUCAGAUGAUGUUUGUUUUGAAAUAAUUUCCAUGAUUGAUGAUUCGUGGUUUAUUUUAAAUGAUUGUUCCUUGAUUUCAAAACAAUUCUUUAAUGUGAUCAAGGAACGUUCAAAACUUGUUAUUGAAUUUAAAAAAACAUUCACAGAAAAAAGAAUUGAAUUAUUCAUGAAAAGUCAAUUUAUGAGUAGUAUUGUUAAUGUUAAAUUUUCUUGUCGGUUUCUUGAAGCCAAAUUCAUAACUGAAAUGAAACAAUUAACAUCACUUGAUAUUUCUGAAAAUCAAAUUGGUGAUGAAGGAGCCAAAUAUAUAAGUGAAAUGAGGCAAUUAACAUCACUUGAUAUUUCUGACAUUGAAAUUGGUGAUGAAGGAGCCAAGUACAUCAGUGAAAUGAAACAAUUAACAUCACUUAAUAUUUCUUACAAUGCAAUUAGUGAUGAAGGAGCCAAAUUCAUAAGUGAAAUGAAACAAUUAAUGUCACUCCAUAUAUAUAAGAAUCUAAUUGGUGAUGAAGGAGCCAAAUAUAUAAGGGAAAUGAAACAAUUAACAUCACUUAAUAUUUCUUACAAUUCAAUUAGUGAUGAAGGAGCCAAAUUCAUAAGUGAAAUGAAACAGUUAACAUCACUUGAUAUUGUUUUCAAUGAAAUUAGUGGAGAAGGAGCUAAAUUCAUAAGCGAAAUGAAACAAUUAACAUCACUUGAUAUUUCUGACAAUGAGAUUGGUGAUGAAGGAGUCAAAUACCUAAGUGAAAUGAAACAAUUAACAUCACUUACUAUUUCUGGCAAUGAAAUUACAUAUUGCAAUCAAAUUAGUGAAGAAGGAGCUAAAUUCAUAAGUGAAAUGAAACAAUUAACAUCACUUGAUAUUUCUUACAAUCUAAUUAGUGAUGAAGGUGCCAAAUAUAUAAGUGAAAUGAAACAAUUAACAUCACUUAAUAUUUCUUACAAUUCAAUUAGUGGUGAAGGUGCCAAAUUCAUAAGUGAAAUGAAACAGUUAACAUCACUUGAUAUUGUUAGCAAUCGAAUUGGUGAUGAAGGAGCCAAGUACAUCAGUGAAAUGAAGCAAUUAACAUCACUUAAUAUUUCUGACAAUCAAUUUAAUUCUAAUUGGUGA